AUGAUAAAUGAAACCUUGUUCAUCAACCACGACAACAACCGAAUUAGUAAUCCGGGAGUGGCAAGCUCACCUUUGUUGAACAUAACCGAUGGAUAUACAGUUAGCGAUGUUGUAAUGUACUGGAAGCCAAUGCCUGUUAGAGGUGUAGAGGAUGCGGAUCUGCCUCAGUUUACGAUUAUUGGCUAUGAAACAAAUGAUCGUAAAGAACGAUUGGCCACUGGAAUAUAUCAACGUCUUUCGCUGUCAUUCAAACUACAAAGAAAUAUUGGAUAUUUUGUUUUCCAGACCUAUCUUCCUAGCAUUUUGAUCGUUAUGCUGUCGUGGGUUUCAUUUUGGAUUAAUCAUGAAGCAACUAGUGCACGAGUUGCUUUGGGCAUCACCACUGUGUUAACUAUGACUACAAUCAGUACAGGAGUUCGUAGUUCUUUACCUCGUAUAUCCUAUGUCAAGGCUAUUGACAUCUACCUUGUCAUGUGUUUCGUUUUUGUCUUUGCAGCGCUUCUUGAAUACGCUGCUGUAAACUAUACCUACUGGGGAAAAAGAGCUAAAAAGAAGAUAAAAACAUUCAAGGACUUUGAGCGACGAAAAAUAGUAAAAAGUUACCGGUCUGAUACGUGUUCGAUUACCGACGGAGUAAAUGAAUUUCAUGAUGAUUGCUUAAGUCCCAUUCCUUCACUACGAAAAAGUGAUUUUGGCAUUUCUGUAACCUCAAUCGGAAAUGAAACGAUGCAUUUGGGAAAGUUUCCGCCAAGUUUUCGUAUAUCUCGUAAUUUUGGAAAUGGCCGCUCUCAACUUAGAUACCGUUCUCAGCGGGGAGUACCUACAAGACCCCGUAUGUUUCACGCAAUAAAAAAAAGCGCCUCUGUCAUUAAAUCCACCAUACCAAGGAUUGAAGAUGUUAACAAAAUUGAUAAAUAUUCUCGCAUAAUAUUUCCAAUAAGUUUUCUUGUAUUUAAUCUAGUUUAUUGGCUUUUCUAUACUAUUGACUGAUUACUGUCAAAUUUCUUUUUAUAAUUAUGUUAUGAUUUUUUAAAAACAUUUUUAUUUUCAAUAAAAU